AGGUAACUCUUCGUGUUAACCGGAAUGAAGGAUAAACAUUUCCUUUUCACCGUUUCUUAAGAGAUCAACAUUUGGUGUAACAUUGUCCAAUGUUACCACUAGUAUUGAACCCGCGUCACCUUACUAAGUGUGGUAAUCAUCUCCUGAAAGCCUUAUUUCCUCCUCCUCCUCACUACCCGACAAAAGCACGCUUCUGUAAUAUAACACAGAGGAGAUGGAUUCACACGAGAGAAAUUGGUGCGUGCCUUUCGUCUUCUCAAGACAUCAACAUUGGUGCGAACCUUUACCAAACACCGGACCUUGCUUGUAAUUCUUCCUACAGAUAUCACAGUUCAUUCCGUUCUGAACGUAAAGAAGACUUCAGUUCUCUCAAAAUGACUCGAUUUAUGGAAAAUAUUUUAAACCACGUUAUUUACGAAGAUGAUGAUGUCGUUGCCAUAAAUAAACCCAGUGGAGUCACAGUUUUUGGUCAGAAAGUCCGUGAACAUGAAGAUGAGAAAGGUUAUUGCCUCCCGAUAUUUGCUGAUUCGGAACCAGACCCCAAUCUUUGUCUGGCUGACAUAAUGCCACUUCUUAGAAGACAUUUCAAAUCUCCUGCCCUCACCAUUGUCCACUCAAUCAAAAUGUUCUACAGUGGAGUGUUGUUGCUGGCCAAACACAAAACUGGCAAGGACAAAAUGAUGCAGUCUUUAGACAGAGCCAAGUCUCUGGGCACAUUCUACCAGUCUUACUUAGCUAUAACUGUUGGAAUACCAAAGCAAGAUGCACCUACCAAGUCAAGUUAUUACUUAAAGCAAGAAAAUAUCCAAGACAGGGUUUUGUCGCUGCCAACUGAGGCCGCUUCCAAAAAUCUGAGAAAAAGCGGGAAAAUCCAGAGAAUAGAAGUUCAAACUACAAUACUGAAGAAGAACGAGGUGUUAAACUGUGCCUUAGUGAGACUUGAUACUGUGAAAGAUAAAUGGCAGUGUUUAGAGGUGUACUGCACCACACAGCUGUGCCAUGUGCUGGGAGACUACCUGUACUCCGGACGAGUCGGAAAAGUAUUUGGUGUUCCAGUACUCCUGGAACCUCAUUUCGCAAAUGUUGGCAAACAGAAACUUCCUGAAGAACUGAAGGCAGCCAUGAAAUUGAAGCGAACCAGACCUGGCCAAAUGCCUCUCUAUUUACAUCGUGCUAAAGUUGAUCUUACCCAAAUGAAAUCUUCAAAACCUGUCCUGUCUAUUGUGGCACCAUUUCCAGAUCAUUUCUUAGAGACUUUACAAAAACUUCAACUAGAAUAUUCCUUUGAUGACAUUUUUGAUACAAAAACUAAAUAAAAUUUUUAGAAAAAUUUGCAGAAAAUA